GUUUUGAACUUCGCGUUACAGUCGAUUAAGAAGCGGUAGACAGAUUUGUCUUCUUGUUUCUUCUAUGACAAAUGUCUGUUGGUUCCGCUGUUAGAUGUCAAUGUCCCUUCUGUCUCCGCUGAUUAUUUGGCGGACUCUUUUAUCGUCCUAAUACGUCAUAUUUCCACUGUGUAACCGUCAAGACCGAAAUCUUAAAUCCCUUAAUAAAUAACCGUCACCUGCUAUCUACACCAAGCCUGUUAGCCUUUGGUCAUCUCCUCGAUGUAUUAUUUUGUUGGCUGGCCUACUGUUUUAGGAUCUUACUGUGCGACAGACGAGUUUAUUUCCUUAUGCUCAACUAAAAGUGGUGAAUAUUUCGUUGUUUGCACAGCGACAGAUUUAGUUCUGUUUCAUAUUAAAUUUAUUUGCGCCAUUGCACAUUUCACGCGUUCUCACAAAUGCUUGUCAGAAAACGGACCUACCUCAUCUGCAGUCUGGAAAGAGGAUUCCUCAAAAUUAUUGCUGAGUACUAAAAAUGGGGCUGUUCUCAUUUAUUCGAUUGAAAAUUUACAACAUGUUUACGAAAUGUUCUCAGAAAGCAUUGCUAACUCACCCAAAGAGGUAUUCUCACUGGAAUCUGUUGUGAAAGUUGCUGAGUGCAUGUGCAAUGCAUUCUUUUUAGGAGAUAUUGUUGUUAUUUCAUCAGAGAAUGGUGAUUUAAUACGCAUGAAAUGGGAUGGUUCAUACUUUGGAAAGUCUCUCACUGUAAAGUCUAUCAGUUUCAUACCAGACAUCAAUUCUUUCGCUGAUCAUGGGCACUCAGAAUCGCAGAUCUAUUGCAGAAACAUCGAGCUGGCCUCCACAUUUGGUGGUGCUUUUGCACUCUUUUCCUCUGGUUAUGUGGCUUUGUUAAUGUUGUCCAGUUGCCUUGCGGACCAAUCGGUAAUUGAAGGGAUUUUGCUCGAAAAUGCUACUCAUUCAACAUGUAUAGCGGUUAAUAAUCGCUUUCGAUCACUGGCAGUCGGAACAAAGAGCAUUCAAGCUCUAGCGGCAGCAUAUUUAUGUCACAGCACUUUUCAUAAACAAGAAUGCACAUUAACUCUUUUGCGCGCAUCCAUACAGGCUUUCAAAUGGGAUCUUAUCCGUGACCUAUUACGUUUCAUCUAUGCUAUUGAUCCCACUGAAUUUAAUUCUAGUGAGAACCAGAAAGUAAAACAACAAUUGGAUAAGUCACAGAUGUUAUUGUUGAGUAGUCGUAAUCAAAUAAGUUGCUUAUCUACUGCUGAAAAAAACGAUAUACAGUCGGAAGUCCUUUCUGAAUAUUACAUAAAUGAGAGCAUUGGGUACGAUGAAAUAUCAAAAUUCCCUACUCCCUCCUCUCCUCCCACAUUGCUUGACAUCGAAAGUGAUGCUCAAUGUUAUCUCAACCGUGCAUCUCAUCUAGUUACAAAUAUUCCUGAAAUUUUUGUGGAUGGUUCUUAUUUCGGUCAGGCAAAUGUUUUGGCGUUAUGGUUAAUGAAAAAUGCGUCAUACCUGAAACCUGUCCUUACAUGGCCUAAAGCGUUUUUAAAUUUAAUGGAGGACUUUGAUGUUUUUGGACAUACUCUGGAAUGUAGUAAGAAAAAUCCAAGCUCCUUUACAUUGAAGGAAAAGUCUAUCCUCCAAUCCAAUAAUGUGUCACAGGCAGCGAAUGCUAUACUGACAUCAGAAGAUUCAACUUAUAACCUUGAUUCAUCUGAAUUUUUGAGUCAGCUUCAAUUGUUCUUAAAGGAAAAAAAUGAUAUUUCUAUAGGAUCUCCUAAUUUUAACGUAUUUGUCAAGCGGGGAAUAAUCCCUAAUACACAUGUCGAGCAAGUGACAGAAAUCAAUAGUCCAGCUGCCUCAAAUGCUUCUGAUACUGAUUCAUUUCAGUAUUCAAAACUGCAACGGGAAAUUUCAAACUGUUCGUUUGCUGAACCAUCAAAAGCAGUUGAGAAAGUAUCAUUUCACUUGAAUUAUCCUUCGACGUUUGACACAAUGUUUCACCUUGAGCACAACAAAGUUGACCAGUCUCUCCUUCUUAACUCGUCUUCGAGGUCAAGACGAGAUUAUCUCGACAAGUUCGUCAGUCCAACCCCAGUUAUGCUAAAUUCUGAUAACUUGAAUGAAAAGCACUGGACAUCGAUAGAUCAUUUCCUCCCUUCAGGUUCUUCUGCUGCUCUUAGCAUAACGGAUUCGAACGAGCACUUAUUUAAUGGGACCACAGAAGAUUCGUCAUUCCAAUCUGAAACAUCUGAGAAAUGGACGUGUUCUAUUACUUGA